CCCAUUUCUUUCUCCCAUGCAGUUGUCUAGAUAUCUCAUUCCUCUCUCACUUUCACUCAUCACUCUACCUCUUAUCUUCACUACACUUUAUUCAAUCUAGAGCACUAUAUACAAAACACAACAUACCCCCACCUCUUAAAUUUCUUCUGCCCCACUCUCAUUUAAGUCCUCCGGCCAUCCUGUACAUUUGUUUCGAUUAUUUCCACAUAUUACAUUUUUCUCGAAUUUCUGUUUAUAAAUACACAGCUUCUGCAGACUGCAACAUACACAUAUUUUCUACAACUCAAGUAGUGUGUACUAUACUUUAAAAAUGUCUAGCAGGAGAUCUUCUCGCUCAAGACAGUCAUCCGGUGGAGCUUCCAGGAUCACCGAUGAGCAAAUCAACGAUCUCGUCUCCAAGUUGCAGCAGCUCCUUCCGGAGAUCAACCGCAACACCAGGCGCUCUGACAAGGUAUCAUCGGCUAGGGUAUUGCAGGAGACCUGCAACUACAUAAGAAGCCUUCACAGGGAAGUUGAUGACCUCAGCGAGAGGCUGUCGGAGUUGCUGGCCAACACUGACACCACUCAAGCUGCCUUGAUUCGGAGCCUGCUCAUGCAAUAGCUCCGUCACCAUCGUUAUCAUCAUCAUUAUCAUUAUCAUUCGACUUCUAGCCAGUCGAUGUAUCAGAUCGGUCCGAUUACAUGUUAUACUACUUUUGUCUGUAAUUUUGCAGUGUCUUAUAAGUACCUGUACUGGUUUGCUUAAUUUUGAUCAUUAGGGUUUUUGUCAACCCAAAGAUGCAAUGCCUUGCACUUGGAUGAUUCCACUUUGUAUCAGCAUAGUAUAGUUGAUGAUUUAUCAUGGAAACUCUUGUGUCUCUUAAGAUAAUUAGCUUUGUAAUAAUAAAUGGAGACUCGCGUUUUCCUGUAUCUUCCAAUUUUCUUAGUCAAUGUACUUAAUUAUGUGAUGUUA